AUUGUACAGUUACGAACCGCUGCUCUAUACCAAAGGGACAGGGUAUUGCGCAGGGCUGUUAUCAGCGGAUAUCACGCGUGCGCAAUGCCGUCCCAGUGGUUCUCUGCGCUAGCCUUGUUGCGGUAUCAGAUACGCAGUCAUUCGUUGCGCGACUCUCGAGCGCGUUAGUUGUUUGCUCAUCGGUGGUACCGUCCUCACGUUAUACCCACUUCUCGGUCCACGACGGGACCACGUGGUUUCCGUUACAUGAACGACCGUUUUCAAUGAAAUUUUUCGUCGCGUUUUUCUCGACAUUUAUUCGUUCGCGCGAUCAAAUCGUCUCGCGUGAACACGCAUUCUUUCCCAAGAAAUUAUUUUUCGCUGUAAUGGUUACUUACAUAACUAGAAACUUAUUACUUGUUCGAAUUGGCGCGAUGUUUGUUCUCGUCGCGGUUACUUUGUUCGCAAUCGAGUUUCGUUGAACGAUGCAAGUCUUCGAAAAAGGCUGUUUGUUUUUCGUCGACGUGUGCAGUUUUCUGAAAGGCACUGUUUUGGUGCGCGAACGGAUCGAGUUCCGAGGAAGUGCGAAAUGUGACUGAAUUGUUUCUUGCUGAUCUAUCAGUUACGAUCCGAUUGUCGAAGUGACGCUCCACGUUGCUAUGUCUAGAAGGAAGCAGGCGAAACCGCGAUCUCUCAAACGAGACGAAGAGUGGGACGACGGUAACGAGCAGAAUGUCCUGGAGGCGGCCGAGCAGGAUAAUGGGACAACGGGAAUUAAGCACGACGAAGAGGAGGAUGAGGAGGAGGAGGAGGAGCUGCAGCGUGCGUUCAGUCUUCACUCCGAGGAGUACCUCCAAGACGGCAGGCCAUCGUCCGUUCAUGGGCCAGACCUGGAGAACCAGAACAGCCUCGACAGCGAGGCCUUGGGGACCGGAAGUUCGUCGUGGCACAGCGAGGAUGGCGGGCCGAACUCGCGUCGCGGAGGAGAGACGCCAUCGUCUUGCGCGACGCCAACGUCGGCCAGCUUCCCGUCGGAGCCUGAAGUCGACGCCGACGUCGGCGUCAACGCCGACGGCAACAACGCCACCGCGCCUUAUCCUUGCCAAUUCUGCGAUCGAACUUUUCCACGGCUGAGUUACCUCAAGAAACACGAACAGAGUCACGGCGAUCAAAUGCCGUAUCGAUGCAGCUGGUGUGCCAGGUUGUUCAAGCACAAGCGCAGCAGAGAUCGACACGUGAAGCUCCAUACAGGAGAUCGGAGAUACCGGUGCACACACUGCGAAGCUGCCUUCUCAAGGAGCGACCACCUGAAGAUCCACAUGAAGACUCACGACACCCAGAAGCCCUACCAAUGCACAGCCUGUUCUCGAGGCUACAACACCGCAGCUGCAUUAACGUCCCACAUGCAGUCCCACAAGAAGCACCACCAGUCCCAAGGGGCUACCAAGCUGCAGGACGUGGACUAUGGCAGACGAAGCGUCUCCUCGCACAGCACCUCCUCUCCUCCUGUUCCCAGUUCUCCGUCGCCGUCCUUAAACUUAACCCUAAAUCCAAAAACAGGCCUAAAGAGCUCCCACGGGAGCGCCUCUACCACGCCGAUCCUCACUUCACCCCUGAAGCUCGCCUGCAUGUACUGCACCAGGGACUCGUUCAGCUGCAUGCAGCAGCUGCAGAUGCACGUGCACACGAUGCACCAAGCGAUCCUCAGCGGCGAGAACGUGACGGUGCCGCCGUCGCCUAGCAGGAGCAACGAGCAACUAGGCUACCAGCGCGACAAGUCGAAUCAUCAAGCGUCCUCCAAGGACCACGAGAGGAAGUACCAAGAGGACUCCGAGAGGUCCUUGGAGAAGGAGCACUACGAGAACGCCUUCACCUGCAACCAAUGCACAAUGAAGUUCUCCACGUUGAGCACUCUGAGGGACCAUCUGGUCUCCAUCCACAGAAACGACGGUUUCGGUUCUGCAUUAAUGAUGUGUCCUCUUUGUGGGAUUCCUUGCACCUCUGCGGCAGCCUACGCGGAGCACUACGUCCUCCAACACUGCGAGAACAGGCGGAUGGGGCCACUAGAAGGUCGAGAGUUUAUGGAUAAGAAUAAUGGAAGUUAUGGAGACUCGAAGAGCUGCAGAAACCAAAAGAGCAGGGAACAGACAAUUUCUGAGCCUGCAGACCUCACCAGCAAGCAUUCCAGGCCAACGGAGAGCAGUUACACCGCGGGUACUCUCCUCUGUGGUCAGUGUGGAGCUGCUUUGAAGGACUUCGAGUCCUUCAGGGAGCACCUGGCCAGGCAUCUCCAAGCUGACCAUAGGAACGACGCCAUAAGGCAUCCCUGCCCCAAGUGUGAAGCUGCUUUUCCAGAUAGAGAGGAGAUGCUGACGCACCUGACGAAGCAUUACCUGGGUCAGGUCAGCAAAGAGUAUGCCUGUGGGGCCUGCAAGAAGCUCUAUCCCCAUCCAGACCUUCUGCAGAGGCACUUGUUGGAUAGCCACGCUCACCAUCUCUACAGGUGCGCUCUCUGCAGAGACACCUUCGACUCCAGGGUGGCGAUACAGGUACACUUCGCUGUGAAGCAUAGUCAGGAGUGCAGGAUAUAUCGCUGCAACGUCUGCACCGUUUCUAAUAACGAGAACUCGCCCGGGAAUGCGCCUGGGGAGGGAAGAAGCUUCUUCAGGAGCGAGGCUGAAAUGGCUAGCCAUGUCAGGAACGUCCACGCGCCACCCACGGUGUCUAAUAGUAGCCCUGCGGCGAGGAGUCCUGCCUCCACGCCUGGGAUGACGGGAAACUCUGGACCUAGAUGUGUUUUCUGUGGGAUCUGUUGUAACUCGGAACUGGAGCUGCAGUUGCAUCUAGCCAGCCACUCGACUAGUCUCUACAGGUGCCCCAUCUGCAGGGAGGGCUUUGCUGUUGAGUUCUUGUUGGAUAGACACAUCGCACAGGCGCAUCAUUCUGUCGAGCACCAAGCUAACACCAGGAGUAACUCCAGAGAGAAUGGACGCAUAGGAAGACUGCCUAGGUCGUCUCAAGAGGAGCCAAAGUCCCAGAAGAGGGGUCGUUCUCCAGCCUCCAGCAACAACAACUCCUUGAAUCAGCGGGACAACAACAACAAACGACCAAACUACACCAGCACAGCGGCUCAACAGUGCGAGCUGUGCGAAAGGGGGGAGUUCGCGAACGAGGCGGAACUCCAAGCCCACAAGAAGCUGGCCCACGCGUCAAAGCUGCAGAACAAGUCGCUCUCGAGCCUUAGCAUGACUUGCGCUUACUGCGGCGAGGUGUGUCGUUCUCGGGCCGAGCUGGAGUCACAUACGAGGAUCCAGCACGCCUCGAACGAGCCUGGCGGACGCCACAAAUGCAACAUAUGCGACGAGGUGUGUCCUUCAGGCCCGACGUUGGCCGAGCACAAGCUUCAGAAGCAUUGCAAGAUCCAAUUAAGCGACACCUGUGUGGUCUGUCGCGGUAGCCUAGCGUCUGAAUCGCAGUUCCUCGAGCACGUUCAGAGACACAGCCUGGAGACUGUGGACCCUCAACAGAGACUGGACGAUUCCCUUCCUCAUCUUCCAGCAGCGUGUGUCGUUUGCAGGCAAACGUUGAUCAGCGACUUGGAGUGUCGGCUUCACGCCAGGUACCACCUCAGGGUCUCGCCUAGUUCCCACAGUUCCGCGUCCAGUCCCACUCCGAAGCAGAAGAGUCAGAGUCCUGGUUGCUGUCUCUGCUUAAGGGAUUACUCCACUGACGACUUCGUCAGCUUACCUCCCAGUCACUUGAGCGGCGGAGGACAGUCUCUGAGAGUCUGCAAAUCUUGCUACAUUCGCCACUCUCAGGGACUCCCCAUUCUGAACUCACCGUACGAGCACGCACGAACCAAGUGCGAUAAAAGCUGGAUCUCCAGCAAGGAUUCGCAGUGGGACGGGUCCAGAGACAGGUGGGACGCCGAGCGUGUGUUCAAAGUGGAGGACAGGACGAACGAGGCGAACGAUAGCAAGAGAUGUCCGGACUGUGGGGUGAAGUUUGAGGACCCUGAGGAGGCGGAGAAGCAUAGGCUCGCGGAACAUAAGAAGAUUGGAUCUAGUUCGAACACCUACACCUGCAUACAAUGCCAGAUGUCGUUUCCAACGGAAGCUAAGAUACAACAGCACGUCAGAAAGGAACACUUGGAGGCCUCGGGGAAGGCAUCCAUCGAGGCACUACGGUGUCAUCUGUGUCUCUUUGAGGCUGGCAGUCCCUUGCAGUUGCAGAGCCACUUGAUAGAGCACACUUUUGCUGGAUGCGCUGCUCUCGGCUGUUACAUCUGCCAGUCUCUCUUCACCGCGCCUAUCGGUCUUCAGAACCAUAUGCUCCAGGAGCACGGCUUAGGCGCUCGUCCGUACGAUUGUUCUAAGUGCACCCUCAAGUUCUUCUUCAGAGCUGAGCUGGACCACCACGUGCUAACAUUCCAUCGUCCAGGAGAAGAAGCCUCUUCGCCUAACGGAAACGUGCAGAACGCCAUCGAAACGAAAGCAAAGGACGCGGAGGACCAUAAUUGCGACGAGGGCAUCACUGUGAAAGAGGAACUGGUGCUGCCAGACGCCGGCGACGAAGAGGAAGAGAUCAACGUGGAUGAACAAAUGGAAAACGAGGACCGAGAGGAUGACAAUCAAACGGAAACGGACCAGAAACCGAAGGCAGAGAUUCAUGCAGAAACUGUCCCUGACAAGGAGGAAUCGUGAUUAUCUUGAGAAGAUAAUUCAGAAUUAGUUUGGAUUGCUUGAAGGCACCAAGUACAAGCAUUUGAGAGAAUUAGGGUCGAGCCCGAUGGAACUAUGUAUAUACUCAAUGCUAAAGUGCUUGAUGAGUUGCAGGGGGUAUUGUUAGGGCAGUAGCUCCAUUUCAUAGUUUUCUUUUUUUUUUUUAUUCACAAAGACAUUAUGAUUUAAUAAAUUGUAGAACUUGAUGAAGAAGAUAAAAGAGCGUUGUUGAAGCUGCGAUCAUGUAUGUAGAUAACUGUAAAUACGUUUCUAAUAGUUUCGUAUCGUACUCUUUUUUUCCCUUUAAAAUACUUACUUUUUUUUUUAUUCUGUUAGUCAUCGAGCAAAGCUUCUUACAAGAAUAAAGAAUAUCGUCAGAUUUUAAGGUAACGUUUCUACCUUGUUUCGAUGACAGGAGUCUCUAGUAAGGCCUGCACGAUAUAAUAAUGAUUUUGCUCGUUGGUCACUGCAUAAAGUUUGCAUCAGUGUCAAGGUAAAUUCUUUGGUAAUAACGAUUUCACGCUUUGUUCAUAGUUGAUUUGAACAUUAGAAUAGUAGCAGUUUAAUUGAAUUUUCAUUCAAUUUUGAUGGAGCCUUGUUUUUUUUUUAUCUACUGUCCGUUAUUGUUUCAUAAAGAUUCCUUUAUAGUAUACAGAGUAUUGUGAUAGAAUGAGUUGAGAGCGUAAGGCAAAGAGUAACCAUGAUACUGGGGUUCGAAAUUGUAUUAUAAUUCGAAACACCAAAUCCUUCGCAUCUUAAUAUAAAUAUUAAUAAAGCUGUAUCGAUUUUUGUACGUAAAACUUGAUAAUAGUUCUUCGAAAUCGCCGUUAAUUUUAUUGUUCGCGUUAAUAUUUGAACACUACACGAUGCGUUCAUUCUGUUACGAUACUAUUUUAUUCUAUUUGAAAAUGUAGGUAUAAGUCGCAAUGUUGAAUACCAUUGUCUCAUAAACAUCGUGUAAAACAAAUAAAGUGAAGGUCAACAUCUUA